UUUUACCAUGAACGAAAAUUCAAAUAGCCUGCAUUCUAGUUCAAAAGGGCGAGGAAUUGAAAACGACAGCGACAUCGAGUUUGUCGAAACAAACGUUUCAGUAGUUUGUAUUGAUGACGAUAAUGUAGACCUGACGAACUCCGAAACAAGCGGUAACGCACCGCUCGUAAAGAUUCACUUCAAAACGCACGAAGUGUAUCAGAAGCUACAAAAAGCAAUAUCAACUGCAUUACAAGCAGUCUUUCAAGAACACCUACCGAACCAACCGGUUACGAUAAAGCCGGGUAAAGAUGGCUGCUCGAUGGAGAUUAAUGAAACGAUUGCACCGGCGGACACGGACGCUGUCGACUCGCUGUUCGUCAUUGACUCCACACCCAUGAAGAAUAAAAAGAACGAUGGUCCGAUACCGAGUUACAAAAAAUCGCUAAACAAAGUAUACGAUGGGCAGACACCGCCAACAGCUUCCAGCUCCCUAUCGAAGCGGCCAAAAGCGAAGCAAACCUGCUGGAACUGUGAGGGUGAGCAUGCACUGAAAGACUGCAAGGAGCCACGAAAUUAUACGCGGAUCCGCCAGAAGAAGGAAGAGUUUCAGAAAAAGACCGAUCGCUACCACGUAGACCAGGAACAGCGGUACGGGCAUUUUGUGCCCGGCACAUUAAGCUUGGAGCUGCGUAACGCUCUUGGUCUAGGGCCCCGCGAUCUUCCACUGCACGUGUACAAGAUGCGCGUGUAUGGUUAUCCGCCGGGAUGGCAUGAGGAUGCAAAAAUUACACAUUCCGGUUUGCAGCUGUUCGGCUCGAACGGUGACGCCGUGCAGGACUCGGAUGACAGCGAUGGCGAGGUGGACAAUGCGCGUAUGAAGUACGAUGUGCGCAAAAUAAUUGCCUAUCCCGGGUUUAAUGAGCCACCCCCUACGGAGAUGUUUGACGAUUCCAAGUUCUUCAAUAUGCCACCUUACACCGAAGAAUUAGGACGCGACAACAUGAUUCGUCGUCUAGAGGGCACGUUGGUCGGAGGCUACCGUAGAAAGAAAAUGAAGCUAUCGGUCGAACCGGGCGCGGAAAGUGUUAAUGAUUGUACCGCAAACACGGAAAUCAUCGACAUGGAUGCGAUGGAAGGUAGUCCUGAAAUUCCGCCGGAAGUUCCGAAACAGGAAGAGCUAGAGGAUGGGGAACUAUCGUCUGACAAUGAAUCAAAUCAGCGAACGGCUGCCGUGGACGAAAGUGUCAUUUUGGUGGAGAAUCCUGUGGAGGUGAUCACAUUGGAUGAUACACAACCACCCGUUCCGGAACCCGCCCCUCCAUCGCCCACUUUGGCCGAUUUGCAGGAAAAACAGAAUCGACUUGUGGAAGAGUUGGCUAACAGUUCCACUGCAACCGAAGACUGUUCCUUUAUGAAUGACAUACUGCUGGCGGAGAGACUCGCGACUGAAGCAAAUACCUCGAUGGACACGUUAUCCGUCCCGAUGGAGCCACCGUGUGCAUCAUCUAUGCUUCCACCACCGGUACCUCCAUCGAAGCCACCGUCUCCACCGAACGGUAGCACACCCACAUCUGGGCCAUCGGAACGACCGCCCGAACCGGAAACGUUUGAUCUCGGCGAGAUAGCGAUGAACAAAGUACCGUACAUUGACGAACCAGCGAACGUAGGCUUGAAGCGAAUGUCACUUGGUACUCCGAUUCUGAGUGCGUUCACACCGUACAGUACGUUACCGAGCGGAGAAGCGUUUUCGAAAGGUGUUAGCGAUGUGAUACAUUUCGAGAAUUUACCCAACUCGACGGGCAAAUACAAGCAGAUGAAAUCCCUCCUGUCGGAUGUUCGGGUUAAGAUGCACCACCAUUUGCGUGAGACGGAGGAUGGAAGUUAGGACGAAAAGGCCGAGAGAUUUACAGAAUGUAAGUCCAGAUGAUUUGCAUUUACAGUUUAGCAGGGGAUAGCUUUAAAGGAGUACUGUUUAAACUAUCAGAAACAGUUUUUAGGCCCAUUUACACGAAAAGAAGUAUUCUUGAUCUAUUUUCGAGUUAGCGACUCUUCUUCGAGCAGGAAAUAAUAUCCAGCAGCUCCCUGGACAUAAUACGGUUCGUUAAUGCCACAUUACCAGAUUUACACGUUUGCAAGCAAUAUUUACAAAAGGAUUGCGAACCUUUUUGUCUUUUUACUUAACGAUGUUUUGACAUACGAUUUAUCUAUUAUAUGCAUUAGAAAGGACUUGACCGUA